GGGUAUAUAAGAAGAAAUAGAAACCUUUUCUCAAGCUGAAGACAAAGUAAAAGAAAACUGUAUCAUGUGUUAGAACACUGAAGAGUGAAAUUUCUUGGAUUAGUGUAUUUCUGGAUUGCAAAGCAAAAGAAAGAAGAGGCUGAAAAUGGGGAGAAAGAAAAUACAGAUCACAAGAAUAAUGGAUGAACGGAACAGACAGGUCACCUUUACAAAGAGGAAGUUUGGAUUAAUGAAGAAAGCAUACGAGUUGAGUGUACUCUGUGACUGUGAAAUAGCACUCAUCAUUUUUAACAGCUCUAACAAACUCUUUCAGUAUGCCAGCACUGAUAUGGACAAAGUUCUUCUUAAAUACACAGAAUACAACGAGCCCCAUGAAAGCAGAACCAACUCAGAUAUCGUUGAGGUAACAAUUUGAAAAGACACAUCAGUUUUCUUAUCUCCUUAAUACUACAAAUACAGAGCAAUGUAGAGUAUUUUAAGAUAUUUUAACCAAAUGUAUUUAACAACUUCAAAACUUUGUCAUAAAAUGUAAACUACUGCUUGUAGUCUGCUUUCUCUAAGGCAAUAAGUUGUCUUUACAGCCAUGUUGUUUUCCCAUCUGCCCUCCACCUCCUGCUAGUUUCUAGGAAACAUGUUUGAUUUCAACCACGUUUGGCAAUGGAAAUAGAGGUGUGAAAGAUGGUUGUUUUUCUGGGGGAGGGAGGGUG